GCAGGGCGGUCGUUUGCCAAAUAGUGUGUCCAUUGGAUCGCUACCGGUGUCCUUAGCUCAUUGGCGAGAACGAGCAGAAGCAGGAAGGGAAGGAAGAAAAAAAGUUUAUCUUGAUCUUCGAUAAUGCCGAACAUUAGACCACUGUCGGCCGAGCUGGCCAAGAAGGCCGCGGACGAGCUGUUCGAGAAACCGGAACGUCUGGACGAAGAUUUGGCAGCGCUGCGGACGUGGCUAUCCAAGUGUCCGCACAUUAAGGCCCGCACCGAUGACCAGUUUCUGAUGAUGUUCCUGCGCGGCUCCAAACACAGCCUGGAGCGAGCGAAGGAGAAGCUGGAUAUGUACUACACUAUCCGAACGGCAUUGCCCGAGCUGAUGCGCAACCGUGAUCCGGAGGAGGCAAAGAUUAAAGAGCUGAUAAAGCUUGGCACGGCGAUACCGCUACCGAACACGGUCACACCAGAUGGUCCGAGGAUAAUUCUUAUACGUCCUGGAACGUAUGAUCCCACCAAGUAUACCAUUCAGGAGGUGUUCCGCUACAACACCAUGAUGGCCGAUAUUAUGAUGAAGGAAGACGAUAAUCUGAUUGUAGCCGGACAGAUGGGAAUUCUGGAUCUUUCCGGAGCAUCUAUGGCACACUUCUUGCAGUUUAGCCCAUCGUUCGUGAAGAAAGCUACCAUGUGGAGUCAGGAAGGUUCACCGUUGCGUCAGAAGGGUUUCCACUACGUUAACACACCGAGUGGGUUCGAGCUGGUGUACAACAUGUUCAAGAACUUCCUGAACGAAAAGAACCGUUCGCGGUUGUACGUGCACGGGAGCAAUCUGGACUCGUUGUACGAGCACAUUCCAAAGAGCAUGCUGCCGACUGAGUACGGCGGAGAUGCUGGCCCAAUUCAGGACAUCGUUGACGCUUGGGCCAAGAAGAUGCUCAGCUAUAAGGAGUACUUCAAGGAAGAGGACAACUAUGGUACGGACGAGAAGAAGCGCCCGGGACGACCAAAGAAUGCCGAUACCCUGUUCGGGCUGGAAGGUUCCUUCCGAAAGCUGGAAGUUGAUUGAGCUUCGCCGAAUGGCAGAUGGCAAGGAUGAAGAAUAGACAACGAAUGUUCAAAUAAAGCCAUA